AUGAUGAACGGCAAUGAUAGUCCAUCAACAGGUCAUCAAUCUUUUAAAACUAAACUUGUGUAUUCGUUAGUGACAAGACAUACAAAAAAUAGUAUAACUGAAGAAAAAUCAAUAUUCAUGCCAAUUCAACAUUUUCCGUUGGAAACAACUAAUUGUACUCCAUCACCAUCAAUUCAAAUAACCAAUGGAACCGAAUGUAAAGUAUUGAUUGCUAUUACUGUUCCAACACGUAAUUGGAAAUAUAUAUUCAAAGUACGUACAGAUAUAUUAAUUGGUGAAUUAAGAAAACAAGCUAUAGAAACAUAUAAUUUAAAAGAAUUAGAUUUUAUUAAUUAUGGUUUAUAUUUACCACCAGAAAGUGGAAAAAAAGGCAAAUUUUUACAAGAUGAAAGAACAAUAUCUGAAUAUCCACAAUUAGUUGCUACAAAAUUAAAUUCAUAUCAUGAUAAUCAUUCAUUAUUACAUGAAAUAGAAGAGAAUCAAUUCAAUGGAUUAAUGAAUGAUAGAAAAUCUAAAGAACCUGUUGUUUUAGAGCUUCUACCAAAAAUUCGUUUUGUUGAAGAAUAUCGUCUAGAAGGAUCCAAAUCAACAACUAAACGAAUUCAUUCAAAACAUCAUCAAAAACGCUUAUUAUCUGCUAUAAAACGUAAUGAUAUCGGACGUGUGACAGAUUUAUUGGAACAAGGUUUAGAUCCAAAUUUUCAGUAUCCAUCUAGUGGAGUAAUACCAUUAGGUUGUGCAGCAGAAUUAAUUGAUCCACGUGAAAUGAUUUUACAACUUGUUAAUGCUGGAGCACAUUUAGAUUAUCGUGAUUCCGAUACAAUGACAGCAUUACAUAGAGCUGCAAUUAAUGGAAAUUUAAAAGCAAUUGAGGUAUUUUUAGAAUUGGGACAAAAUCCUAAUGUACGUGAUAAAAAUGAUUUAACACCAUUAUAUUAUGCUUGUUCAGAAGAUAUUCAACCAGAAUGUAUACAACGUUUAUUAUUUGAUCAUGCUAUACUUGGUGUAACUGAUGAUAAAGGUAGACAAGAAAUUCAUCAAGCUUGUUUAAAUGGUCGUAGUAAAACAUUAAAACAAUUAAUUAUAUAUGGAGCUGAUUUAAAUGCUCAAGUUGAAAAUCAUAAUACACCAUUACAUUUAUGUGUAUUAGCUGAUGAAAUAGAUUGUUUAAAUAUAUUAUUACGUUAUGGUGCAUCACCAACUAUAAUUAAUUUAUCUGGACAAACUCCAUAUGAAUUAGCUAUACUUAUUGAACGUAUGAAUUUAGCGCAUAUUUUACAAAAUUUUGAUGAAAAUCAAAUUCAGGGAAUUGAUCAAAAACCUGUAUACAAUAAAGAUAGACGACCAACAAUUCAUGGACCAAGAGCAGUGUAUGACAGUGUUCACUUUCCUCAAUAUAAUAAUAAUAAUAAUAAUCAUAGUAACCAUAGUAACAGUAAUAAUAAUAAUAAUAAUAAUAAUAAUAAUAAUAAUGGUAACACAAUAAGUACAUGUAAGCCAAAUAAACCAAUGUCAGUAGACAGAGAAUUACCUCCAACUCCUUAUCAAAGAUGUUUAUCAUUCGACAUGAAUGAUUUAAGACAAUUUACACCAAAACGAAUCAAUCAAUAUGUAUUACAUCAUCAUAGAAUUGAUUUUCGAACACCAGAUAUUGUUAGACGUAAUAAUGUGGAUAAAAAAGAGGCUACUACUAAUACUACUACUAAUACUACUACUAAUACUACUACUACUACUACUACUACUAAUAAUAAUAAUAAUAAUAAUAAUAAUAACAGGCCAUCAUUACCUAUUCGACGACAAAUGACAUAUAGUAAUGAUAAUGAUAAUUAUGAAGGAACUAUUUAUAAUGAUAAUAAUUCACAAGAUAUUCUCAAAUUUUCUCGAAGAUUACAUUUCUUAAGACAACGUUAUCCAAACUAUCGUAUACGUUCAAUUAUUUUGGAACGUGGAAUAACUGGUUAUGGUUUUAUUAUGCAAGGAUCAGAUAAUUUCAAAGAACGAUCAUUUAUUGCAUACAAUUUACCCAGUCAAAGGAUUUUAAAUGUUCAACCAAAUAGUAAAGCGGAAAAAGCUGGACUUUUACCAGGCGAUUAUAUACUUGAGAUUAAUGGUAUAGAUGUUUAUGAUGCAACGCAUACACAAGUUGUUGAUUUGAUUACAACAACACGAGAUAUGUUACAUUUAAAAAUUAUUAACUUUCAACAGUUACCAGAAAUUCAAUCAAGAGUUAUUAACGGUAAUCAUAAUAAUAGUAAUAAUAAUAUUAUUAUUACGAACACAAAUCUCAACUACAAUAAUAACAAUACUAGAAUCAUGCAUCGAACUAGUUUUUUACGUGCUGAUCUUAGACGACGUAAUACACAACGUUCUACAAGUGUUGAUAUGGCAUGGAAUACUCGACAGCUUAGUAUUGAUAAUAAUACAAUGGAUAAUAAUCAUAACAUCACUACUACUACUACUAAUACUAAUACUACUACUAUUACUACUAUUACUACUAAUAAUAAUGGUAGUAGUAAUAAUAAUGACCAACUGAUCAAUACUAACUACAAAUCCAUAUUACCAUAUGAACAACAUUUUCGUCCGUACAGUGCCGUUGGUAAUAGGAAUAAUAAUAAUCACUAUCGUCGAUCCAUUCAAUCAUUGAAUAUUAGUAAAACUAAUUAUUUAGAAAGAAAAUCUCAAUCAGCUGUUUUAAUCAUUAAAGAUGAAACUGAACAGUUGAAAAAUUCAUCAAGAACAACAACAACAACAACAACAGCAACAUUGCAACCACAGUCAACAACAACAGAAUCACAAGCACAGUCAACAACAACGAAAACAUCAUCAUCACCAUCAAAUUCAUCACCAUCAUCAUCAUCAUCAUCAUCAUCAUCAUUUUCACCACAUAUCAAUAAAACAUAUACUGAUAUUACUCAUUUCAAUUAUAGUAGUCAUUAUAAUAAACCACUUGAAUGUAACAUAUCAAAAUCAUCAAAUUCCUUGUUAUCCAAUGAAUUGAAAAACUCUGAACUUGAUUCAUCAACAGCAACCACAACCACAACAACAACAACAACGACGACAACAACAACCUUGCAUAAUGAAUUAACUAAUGGACAAGAUAAGCAUAAAUUCGGUACGAAAUCAUUAUCACCUUUAACAACCACAACAAGAACACCACCACCACCACCAACACCACCAUCGUCAUCAUCAUCGACAUCAUCAUCAUCAUCAUUCUCUACCCAACAUCUUUUAUAUUCAUCAUCAUCAUCAUCAUCAUUAUCUUUAUCAUCAAAAUAUAAACAAGAUAAUAAUAAAGAUAAUAAAAUGAUGAAUACAUUAAAACCAUAUCAUAAUGAUCCAUUUAAUCAUAAAUGGGAUUCUGAAUCAGAUCUAUUAAAUAUAUCAGAAAUUAGUGAGAUUUCUGUUAUAUCUAUGAAUAAUGAAACAUUGAAUAAUAAUAUUAAUAAAAUGAUAGACUAUGAGAAACAAUCAAAUACCAUGAAACCAUCAACAGUUCACUUAUUAACACCGUUAUUAUUGUCGUCGACGCCGACGUCGACGUCGAUGUUGUCAUCAUCAUCAUCAUCAUCAUCACCAGUAAAAAAUAAAUUUACAAAUAAAGUAAACUUUAAUAUGAAUGGUAAAUUGAGAUCAAUACAAUCGGAACCAUAUCUUCAUCAAAUGAAAACUGAAAGGAACAAUGAUAACAAUAAGAAUAAUUAUACUAAUCAUUCUUGUAAUGAUAUCGAAGCCUCUACUGAACAAAAUGCUCCAAUCAAUAAUAACUUAAAAAUAAAUGGUCAUGAAAUCGAUGAUGAUGAAUCAGAUUCAUGUUUAAUUUAA